GUGGGGGGGGGAACCCUUCGUGGGCUGCAACUGAUUAAAGGCUGCGUUCGUUAGUUCCUUGCUGGCUUCGCUUCGUUUUCUCCGGAGACGAGGAGGGGGAGGGGCUGGGGGGGCUUCCCCCAGCCAUCUAUUUUCAACCUGCCCAGGUUGUGAUUUUUUUUUCCCCCUCCUCUUUCUCUCUCUCUCUCACUCUCUCUCCUUGCAGGAGCAGCCCAGCAUACCGCAAUUUUGCUCUUUAUUUCAUUUUUUUUAAAAAAAAAGGAAAAAAAAGUUGUGGGGUUGGGAAAGGCAGCAGGGGAGAUGGGACGCGACCGGGGCUACCCUUGCGGGGCUUGGCGAGCCCUGCCGCUGCUCGCGUGGACUUUCCCCUUGGUGACAUUCGCCUCGUUCCCCGACGAAACCUUAGAGCGAGCCUCCAAAUCCGAAGGCUAUUGCAGCCGGAUCUUGCGCGCCCAAGGCACCCGGCGAGAAGGAUAUAACGAAUUCAGCCUCCGCGUGGAAGGCGAGCCGGAUUUCUACAAGCCCGGAAACAGCUACCGGGUAACACUUUCAGCUGCCACUCCAGCCUAUUUCCGUGGAUUCACAUUGAUUGCUUUGAAGGAAGGCAAAGAGGGAGACCGAGAAGAAGACCAUGCAGGAACCUUUCAGAUUAUAGAUGAAGAAGAGACACAGUUCAUGAGCAACUGUCCUGUAGCUGUGACUGAGAGCACACCAAGGAGGAGGACACGCAUUCAGGUGUUUUGGACAGCACCUUCUUCAGGCACAGGUUGUGUAAUUUUGAAGGCAAGUAUUGUUCAGAAGCGGAUUAUAUAUUUUCAAGAUGAGGGCUCUCUCACCAAAAGGCUAUGUGAACAAGAUUCAGCCUUGGAAGGUGUGACUGACAAGCCAAUCUUAGACUGCUGUGCCUGUGGAACUGCUAAAUACAGGCUCACCUUCUAUGGAAACUGGUCAGAGAAGACACAUCCAAAAGAUUAUCCACGACGAGCCAACCACUGGUCAGCAAUCAUUGGUGGAUCUCAUUCAAAGAACUAUGUCCUUUGGGAAUAUGGAGGAUAUGCAAGUGAGGGUGUUAAGCAAGUUGCAGAGCUGGGAUCACCUGUGAAAAUGGAAGAAGAAAUUCGGCAACAGAGUGAUGAGGUUUUGACUGUCAUCAAAGCAAAAGCACAAUGGCCUGCCUGGCAGCCGCUAAACGUGAGAGCUGCUCCCUCUGCUGAAUUUUCUGUGGACCGAACACGCCAUCUCAUGUCUUUCCUUACCAUGCUAGGCCCCAGUCCUGACUGGAAUGUUGGUCUCUCAGCUGAAGACCUGUGUACUAAAGACUGCGGAUGGGUCCAGAAAGUAAUACAAGAUCUGAUACCAUGGGAUGCUGGUACUGACAGUGGUGUUACCUAUGAGUCUCCCAACAAACCAACUAUACCUCAAGAGAAGAUAAGACCUCUUACCAGCCUAGAUCAUCCCCAGAGUCCUUUCUAUGACCCUGAAGGAGGCUCUAUUAAAUCAGUAGCCAGAGUUGUCAUUGAGAGGAUUGCACGGAAGGGAGAGCAGUGCAAUAUUGUUCCCGAUAAUGUUGAUGACAUUGUGGCCGAUCUUGCUGCGGAAGCUCCAGAAGAUGAAGAUGACACUCCAGAAACCUGUAUUUAUUCAAACUGGUCCCCUUGGUCAGCCUGUAGCAGUUCCACAUGUGAAAAAGGCAAGCGGAUGAGACAGAGAAUGCUCAAAGCUCAGCUUGACCUCAGUGUACCUUGUCCAGAAACUCAGGACUUUCAGCCGUGUAUGGGCCCAGGCUGCAGCGAUGAAGAUGGCUCCACGUGCAUGAUGUCAGAGUGGAUAACAUGGUCACCUUGUAGUGUGUCCUGUGGCAUGGGGAUGCGAUCCAGAGAAAGAUAUGUCAAGCAGUUCCCUGAUGAUGGCUCCAUGUGCAAAGUGCCUACUGAAGAAACUGAGAAGUGCAUAGUAAAUGAGGAAUGCUCUCCGAGCAGCUGCCUGGUGACAGAAUGGGGGGAGUGGGAUGAAUGUAGUGCCAGCUGUGGGAUGGGAAUGAAGAAACGGCACCGGAUGAUCAAGAUGACCCCAGCCGAUGGAUCCAUGUGCAAGGCAGAGACCACAGAAGCUGAGAAAUGCAUGAUGCCUGAAUGUCAUACUAUUCCCUGUAUGCUCUCCCCGUGGUCUGAAUGGAGUGAUUGUAGUGUAACUUGUGGGAAGGGGAUGAGGACUCGACAAAGAAUGCUCAAAUCUGCAGCAGAGCUUGGAGACUGCAAUGAAGAGUUGGAACAAGUAGAGAAAUGCAUGCUCCCCGAAUGUCCCAUUGACUGUGAGCUGACAGAAUGGUCACAGUGGUCUGAAUGCAACAAGUCUUGUGGGAAAGGCCAUAUGAUCAGGACAAGAAUGAUCAAAAUGGAGCCCCAGUUUGGAGGAGCUCCCUGCCCAGAAACUGUGCAGCGUAAAAAAUGCCGGAUAAGGAAAUGCUUGAGAAAUCCUAAUGUGGAGAAAAGGCGGUGGAAGGAACCUCGUGAGAAAAGGAGAAGUGAACAGGCAAAAGAAGAUGUGGACAGUGAGCAAUUUCCAGGUUGCAAGAUGAAACCAUGGACUGCUUGGUCAGAAUGUAGCAAAUUAUGUGGUGGUGGAAUCCAGGAGAGGUUUAUGACAGUCAAGAAGAGGUUCAAAAGCACUCAGUUUACUAGUUGUAAAGACAAGAAGGAAUUAAGAGCCUGCAACGUCCACCCUUGUUAGCAAAACCUGAGUCUUUCAAAUAAUGCACUCUGAGCUAAAUGUAAAAUCAGCCUUGAUUUGAUUUUUUUUAAAGAAAAAGAUAUAAAUUGUGUAUAUUAGUCUUCAUUUUUGCAGUGUGGUUUGCUUAUUAGUCUUGCUGGUGCAAGAGAUAUAUUUUAUAAAUAUUUCCUCACAAAUGUAUGCUGAGAGUAGUUCCUUGAUGCUCCAGCAAGCCCUUAAUGCAUAAAACUAGUGAAGUCAUUGUGAAAUCCCGUAACUUUUGACAUCAUAGACAUCUCUAUGUGGACAUACCAUAAUCAUAGAAAUGUUCCCUGUAAAUACACAGGAUGCAUGCAUUAAUGACAUUUAAACUUAAAUAUCUAUUUGGAUACAGUUUCAAAAUACUCAAAGCAGUGCCUCUGUGAUUACACAAUUGUGCCAAGGAAUUACUUCAAUAAUAUUACAGGUGCAUAUUUAUCUUCUAUCAUCACAGGUGUAAAAUUGUAUUUAUAGGAAUCCAUGGAUGCAUUCCUUUUACCUUCACGAAAAUGCUAAGGACCCGUGCAAAAGAAAGCAUCUUUUUAAAUUUCUCACACUUUCAAAACAGCAAGAAAAUUUAAACUAUCUACAUAUGUAUGGCCUGGAUGAGUACUUUUUAUGUCUGCAAUCCAUGUCUAUAAAUUAGCCUGUGACCAGCAUCUGAGAAUACUUUUCACACAUUCUCACAAAGUCAUUUGCUGGUCAGUAAGGUGCACAUAAUGAACUACUCUCAUUAGAGGUUCUCUUUGCUUGGGCAGGUCAGAUCUCAGGAGCUUCAGGAGAUAUCAGGGGCUUUAUAAAGAACUGAGCCAACAUAAGUGUACAUCAUUAUUCCCUUAGGAGGGAGGCAACCUGCCCAGAUCCAGAGCCUCAUAUUGUGCCAAGGAAAGAAAGAAUAAGGAUAAAUUUCUCUAUUUUACCUCAGUCCUGGAUUGCUGUUGUUUCAGACUUACCCUGUUUCCCCGAAAAUAAGACCUAACCUGAAAAUAAGCCCUAGUAUAAUUUUUCAGGAUGCUCAUAAUAUAAGCCCUACCUCAAAAAUGAGCCUCAGUUAAGUGAAACCCCCCCCUUCACCAUUGGGCAGCUGGGGGGAAGCCGUGGCUGCUGAUCGGAGUGAGGGAAGGUCCAGAGGAGCAGGAGGAGGCAGGCGGGAAGGCAGACGCUUCCCUGCCAGGUUUCUGGCCCCGGCCCUGUUCACUUCGGCCAGACUUUGAGGCUCUCUUUCUCUCCUGGGUUUUGUUUUGUUUUUUGCAGCGCCAGCAUGUUCCUAUGGGGCUUGCAGUGUUU